GCUUCUGUUGCUUUUUGUGGCCAUCAGAGGGUACCCAGCCCCUGCACAACUUCCCUGGCCCCUAAAUGACUUGUCCCAGGACCACAGUGAUUGGGAAUGCCAGACUCACCCCAGCCGGGGCUGGAAGGCAGCUCCAGUGCCCAGCCAGGGCUGGAAUCUGCCAGGAGCAAAGCUGGUGACUCUGGAUCUCAUCCUGGUGCCCCACCAGCCCUGUCUGAGCCGUGAGACCCUGCCCUCCAGGCUGUUAAUGGAGAAGAGUGCGGAUGACAGCCGGGACCGUGGUCAUCACAGGUGGAAUAUUAGCGACUGUCAUUUUGCUUUGUAUCAUCGCUGUCCUCUGCUACUGUAGGCUCCAGUACUACUGCUGCAAGAAGGAUGAGUCCGAGGAGGAUGAGGAGGAGCCCGACUUCGCUGUGCACUCCCACAUGCCGCCGCUCCACUGCAACCGCAACAUAGUGCUGACCAACGGCCCUUCCCUCUACACCUCGUCCCCCUUCAGCAAGAAGCCGGCCCCGAGCCGGCCGGGCUGCCCCAGCUGUGGUCCCUAUGAGCCCCCCACCUUCCUGCUGCAGGAGCCCCCUGAGGAGCUGCACAAUGGUGGUGACCGCGUGAGCUACACAUCAGUGAGCCAGGAGGACCUGGAGCUGCCGGUGAGUGUGGCCAACCUGCAGGCACUCAACCCCAACCGGCUCUCGGCCAUGCGGGAGGCCUUCUCCCGCAGCCGCAGCAUCAGCACGGAUGUGUGAGGAGCUGCUGCCUGCCAGCCCACAGCAGCACAGCACCCAUCACCACAGCAGCACAGCGCCCAUCACCACAGCAGCACAGCGCCCAUCACUACAGCAG